AAUUAAUUAAAGGUUAAAUAGCAGGUGACAGUACUGCUUCACAAUAGUUAGGCAGCAGAAAACAAUGGGUGUGGGACGGAAAGCGCAUCCCCCAGUCUGCUUGGUUGCAGCUGUUUUUCUAAUGUGUUAUUUGGUGCCGCUUGCGGACUGCCUUCGACUGAGGAAAACUCAGAGACCAGCGGUGAAGAGAGGGUCUGUUCAUUCUCCCACCUCUAUUGUCCAAGAAGGAAAAAUUCUGCUUGGGAAAGUUUUCAAGAGCUCGGAUAUCGACAAAAAGUCGUCAAAUAAUGAAUUAUUGGAUGACGAAUCUGAUUAUCAGGCAGACUCCGCAGGCUGGUCCCAGGAGACGGACAUGGAUGAAGCCUCCAAGGAGUUAUUGGAGCGCUUGGGGGCAUAUUUGGAUUGUUUUGAUGACCACAUGAAGUUCAGGUCACUUGGAACAGAGGCUUCACAACUUUCAGUGGUUCAAGCAAAUGAACCCCCAAUACCUCUGGCCAUGGUUCCUCCAAGAUGUGGCUACAGGAUAUAUGGGACCGCAGUAACAUUCAUUCUGAUUGUUCCAUUUAAAGGUUGCAACAUUAUUCAGCAGGGUGGAAAUCACAUACUCCCUCUACUCUGGCAAGGCCAUCCACUGUCCCUGCUGUGUCCCAAACAUGUAGGGCCGGUGGUUCCGCCCGUGGGGCCGGUGGUUCCGCCCGUGGGGCCGGUGGUUCCGCCCGUGGGGCCGGUGGUUCCGCCCGUGGGGCCGGUGGUUCCGCCCGUGGGGCCUUUUGACUUCUAUUAUCAUGCAACAGAUGAUCCUGUUCAAGGCUUCCCCUUCUACCCAUUCCCUCAUCCACCUCCAACAGCUCCUCCUCCCACUGCAGAGCCAAAAGUCCUCUAUCCCCAGAUUCCUUUUAAUCCAGAGCUUCUUUGGCCAUACUGGCCUCAGCUUCCAGAAUUUCCUCCUGUCUAUCCUUGUCCUCAUGGGAAAUAUCCAGUGCCUGUACAAAAGACUCCCUGUGUAACACAAGAUCCUGCCACUACCCAGACUCCUCCUGAUGCUCCUGCAACUUGGUAUCCUGUGAUCUGCCUACCUAUUCUUCCAAAUGAGCAACAUUUUCAAGACAUGUUUUAUCAAGGUUAGCUUUGAAAAGUUGAAAUGUUUAAAAUAAAAGGGACUCGUCUUUGGUUGCAGAUCCUA